CCAUAUUCUAUAUAUAGAGCUAGACAUUUUUGUCACUAGACCAAACUUUAAUUUCCUGUGAGUCCUUAGCACCACAACUGUCUCACUUUCUUGACAACUUAAUAGCAUUUUCAAAACCUUAAUCUCUCUCAUAGAAAUAUGGCAGCUUUUUCAUACCAAUAUCAUCCUUUCCUUGUUGACUCAGCAUUCAUGCUUAAUAUUAACACUGGUCCUCCUCCUUCACAAUUUCACCUUCAUCAAGAAACAUCUUUCAACAUGGAUACAAAUUGUGUUGAUGAAACCUCCAAAAUUACCACCAAUGACAACAAUGAGCCUUUUGUCGUAAAAAACCUUAGUCCUCAGUCCUCUAUGGUACUUGACAAGCUUCAAAUUGGUGAUGAACAAACUACUCAUAUAGUUACAACUAUGGACAAGAAAAAGAGAACCAGAAAUAAUGGACCUUCCUCUAGUAACCCCCAAUCUAAGGAAAUGGAAGCUGAAGGGAGAAAGAAGAAACAGAAGAAGAGUAAAGAAGAGGAGAAGACAAAAGCAGAGAAGAAGGAUCAGAGAAAGUGUUUGGAAGAGCCUCCAACUGGCUAUAUCCAUGUCAGAGCAAGAAGGGGUCAGGCCACUGAUAGCCACAGCCUUGCUGAAAGGGUGAGAAGAGAGAAAAUCAGUGAAAGGAUGAAGAAAUUGCAGCAACUUGUGCCAGGCUGUGAUAAGGUCACUGGAAAGGCCCUUAUGUUAGAUGAAAUAAUCAAUUAUGUUCAAUCUUUACAGAAUCAAGUAGAGUUCUUGUCAAUGAAACUUGCUUCUGUGAAUCCUAUGAUCUAUGACUUGGCAACAGACCUAGACACUUUCUUGGGUAGAACAGAGAAAUUAAAUAGCUUAGCAUCACCUUCACCUCUAUCAUCAGUGUCUGUGUCACAUUGCAACAGUCCUAAACAAGCCACCACUUUUGCCGAUCCAACAACCAACAUCUUCCAAACUGCUACUGACUACCUUUUGGAUAAUUCAGCUUCAAUUUUUCUUCAAGGGCAGAGAUCAAAUGUUGUCUCUGAGGAUGGUAGUAAUUUUUGGGACACAGAAGACCAACGACAAAAGUUUCUCCUUCAUUCACAUGGAUUCAGCAACAACUUAUGUUCUUUUCAUUAAUUCAAAAUUCACAGAGGAUUUGUUAGCUUUUACAAUAGGCAAGGAAAGAAGUUAUGCAUUAAUUAACACUUGGUAUGAAUAUGAGUAGCAUAAGAUUAAAGUGACAUAUGAAGAUGAGUAAAUGAAUGGAGGAAGAACCGAAAAUGACAGAAAAUGCAGACCAAAUAUAAGACCAUAUCUUUUUUUCUAGAUCCGUUGUUCUGUUUCAGUUGUUUUUUUGACUACCUAUGCUAUGUUACACAAAUUACGAGAGACUACUGAACCUACGUACUAUGUCUACAUCUACAUCAGAGACAUUGAAAUUUAUGUCAUUGUAAAUUAUUGAAGUAUCGAUUCUUGUGGUGGCAGUUAUUCUGUUGGUACAGAACAGUUAAAUUUAUUUCAUUAUUAUUAUUACUAUUGAGAAAUGAGGGGUUGAAUAUUAUCAUUCA